AUGCCUCAGACUCCUCCCUUUUCAGCAAUGUUUGACAGUAGUGGUUACAACCGAAACCUCUAUCAGUCUGCAGAGGACAGCUGUGGAGGGUUGUAUUACCAUGACAACAACCUCCUCUCCGGAUCUCUGGAAGCACUCAUCCAGCACUUAGUACCUAAUGUGGAUUACUAUCCAGAUAGAACGUACAUAUUUACUUUCCUACUCAGCUCUCGGUUAUUUAUGCAUCCAUAUGAACUAAUGGCCAAAGUUUGCCACUUAUGUGUUGAGCACCAGAGACUAAGUGAUCCUGAUGGUGACAAGAACCAGAUAAGAAAAAUUGCACCUAAAAUCCUUCAACUCCUGACAGAAUGGACGGAAACAUUUCCUUAUGAUUUUCGGGAUGAAAGAAUGAUGAGAAACUUAAAAGAUCUGGCUCACCGUAUAGCCAGUGGUGAGGAGCAGACAUACCGGAAGAACGUCCAGCAGAUGAUGCAGUGUCUGAUCCGCAAGCUUGCUGCUCUCAGCCAGUACGAGGAAGUCCUGGCAAAAAUCAGCUCCUCAUCCACAGAUAGGCUCACAGUUCUCAAGACCAAGCCACAGUCCAUACAAAGGGAUAUCAUUACCGUCUGCAGUGACCCCUACACAUUGGCCCAGCAGCUGACUCACAUCGAGCUGGAAAGGCUCAAUUAUAUUGGGCCAGAGGAAUUUGUUCAGGCAUUUGUGCAGAAGGACCCUUUGGACAAUGACAAGAGUUGCUACAGUGAACGGAAAAAAACACGAAACUUAGAAGCUUAUGUGGAAUGGUUUAAUCGCCUCAGCUACUUGGUUGCUACAGAAAUCUGCAUGCCUGUAAAGAAGAAACACCGAGCAAGAAUGAUUGAGUAUUUCAUUGAUGUAGCUCGGGAGUGUUUUAACAUUGGCAACUUUAAUUCCUUGAUGGCGAUAAUCUCUGGCAUGAAUAUGAGCCCAGUCUCUCGACUAAAAAAAACUUGGGCCAAAGUGAAGACUGCGAAGUUUGACAUUCUUGAGCAUCAGAUGGACCCUUCCAGCAAUUUCUAUAAUUAUCGAACAGCUCUUCGUGGGGCAGCACAAAGGUCUUUAACUGCUCACAGUAGCAGAGAGAAGAUUGUGAUACCAUUCUUCAGUCUCUUAAUCAAAGAUAUCUAUUUCCUCAAUGAGGGCUGUGCCAACCGCCUUCCAAACGGCCACGUCAAUUUUGAGAAAUUUUGGGAACUGGCCAAACAAGUGAGUGAAUUUAUGACAUGGAAACAAGUGGAGUGUCCAUUUGAGAGGGACCGGAAGAUCCUGCAGUAUCUGCUCACAGUGCCAGUGUUCAGUGAAGAUGCUCUCUACUUGGCUUCUUAUGAGAGUGAAGGACCUGAAAAUCAUGUAGAGAAAGACAGAUGGAAGUCUUUAAGGUCCAGCCUCCUCGGCAGAGUUUAACACACGGGAGCUGAUUGCUGCCACUGCUGCUGCUUCUGCCACCG